GUGACAUACAAACCAAGUAUAUAUAUAUAUAUAUAAAUAAAAAUAGUGUAUUGUGAAAUAUGAGGUUCUUGUCAAUUGCACGCAAAACCAGUACUCUGCAUACCUUUGUACCUGCCAGACGUGGAUUCUCGGUAUCCUCUAUUGUUACCCGGGAGUUCCAUCCAACACCUACAGAUGAACAAGGUCCCUUGGUAGGUAUUCGUGUACUUGACUUGACUCGUGUUCUUGCUGGUCCAUAUUGUACAAUGAUGCUAGGUGACUUGGGAGCAGAGAUUAUAAAAAUCGAGCAUCCAAAGGGAGAUGAUACCCGUGCCUGGGGCCCACCUUAUGCCCAAAGUGUGCACGAUCUUGGGGACGGUGUCGAGGGCGAGUCGGCUUACUUUUUGUGUGCGAACCGCAACAAGAAGUCGGUCACGGUCAAUAUGAAGUCCGAGGAUGGACAGAGGAUGCUCCAUGAUCUUGUCAAGAAGUGCGAUGUGUUGGUCGAGAAUUACUUGCCUGGCAAGCUGGCCGAGAUGGGCAUGGGGUACGAACAAUUAAAAGAAAUCAACCCCAAGUUGAUCUAUGCGUCCAUCACAGGAUAUGGUCAAACAGGUCCUUAUGCCAAGAGACCUGGAUAUGAUGUGAUUAUAGAGGCAGAAGCAGGAUUGAUGCACAUUACUGGUGAACAAGAUGGCGAACCCGUCAAGGUUGGUGUUGCAAUUACAGGUCUCUAUACCCAUAGUGCUAUUUUGGCAGCUCUUAUAAAACGUGGUGUUAGUGGAAAGGGCCAGUGGAUCGAUUGUUCGUUGAUCGAGUCUCAGGUUGCUUCGUUGGUCAACAUUGCGUCCAACUAUCUUAUUGGUGGACGAGAGGCCAAGCGGAUGGGUACCUCGCACCCUUCGAUUGUGCCUUACCAGGUCUUGCCGACCAAGGACUCGUUUGUGAUGAUCGGGGCCGGAAACGACGGUCAGUUUGGUAAGCUCUGCCGUCGUAUGGGACUCGACAGUCUUGCAGAGGAUGCGAACUACAGAUCAAACUCGGAUCGUGUCAAGAACCGAUCAAAGUUGAUCGGAUUGCUUACCCAGCGUCUGACCGAAGAACCGACCGAGUUCUGGCUGGAUAAGCUGACCGGAGCAGGAUUUCCGUUUGCACCGAUCAAUAAUAUCCAGCAGACCUUUGACCAUCCACAAUUGGUUGCCCGUGGGCUUGUACAAGAAGUUGAACAUGAACGAGUAGGAAAGAUAAAGCUUGUUGGUCCUCCUGUAAAGUAUAGCGGAUUCAAGACUGAUAUCAGACUUCCUCCUCCUGUAUUGGGUGCACACACUCAGGAAGUACUCGAACAAGUACUUGGAUAUUCAACUGAAGAAAUCCAACGCCUUCGCAGGACAAAGGCAGUCGGUUCAUAAAAGAGAUAAAUAAAGGACUAGACAUAUUAUUAUUACUGGUACUUUUUUUUUGGGUUUAUAGAUCUAGUAAUUAAUUAAUUAAUUUUUUAACACUUUUACAAUCUUUAUCUAUGCUGUACAAACCAACAUCUUUAUUAUUACUUAUACUUCUUUACUGCUUUUACCAAAUAAACCAAUAAAGGUGAUUACGAUAUUAUUAUCAUC